AUACAUACAUACCGAUAAAUUUAAAGAAGAGACGGCGUAUAAAUCGCGCUUUAUUCCCUAGUCGUGCGGGAGUUUUGUAAAUAUUACGACAUGUAUCUUCUCUUUGGACCAUUACAUCUUGAGUAGCAUAUGAUUCGUGCCGUACUUGCUCUUUUUUUUCCUCCUUUACUGCCUUUUCACCACUAUGGGAUAACUUUGAUUUUCUUGAGACUCAUCGUCGAUUGAAGGUUAAUUAUCCCGUGUUUUUAAUUGUAAGCUAGGAAUAAGCGACGUGACGAGGUCUCGAGUUGCACCCGGUCGACGAGAUGGACACCGAGUACGUAAUGAAGAACGAUAUCGGGCACUGCUUGAAACUGAUAGUGUCGGGGGACGACGCGGCGGUUAACGACGGCUGGCUGAUGCUGCAGAAUCUGCAGGAUCGCGAGGAGCUCGGCCAGCAGUUGACCGACUGUGAGGACACCUUAAGGGAUAUCCUUCGGGGUAAGAUAGCGAACAUAUCGGAGGUGCCGAAGAUCAUGGCCUGGAUGUCGAGGCACAUCUCCGAGAGGCGUUUCAACAUUAAUCCGAUCUCCAACGACGUUGCCCUGCUACUGCAGAACACGGACAUCGACGACAUGUCGCACCUGACCGAGCUGCUUGGUGUGCUCACGGAUCAUCGGGUAUACCUGCCCAGGUCGGCGAACCACACAAGACUCUGCGAGGCGGUAGUCACGAGCCUGUCCACCUUUCAGAUGCCCUUGGAGCCGAAAAAAAUAUCCGAGUUCUAUGACAACACCGCCAAGGUCUUGCAGUUUCUCAAGACGCUCUGCUCGAACACAAAAAACGGCGAGCAUGACAGUCUAAUGUUUACCUGCCUUCAGACUCUGUACCGUAUUAUAUCCGACACAAACAGAAAGCAGGAACCUGGCCCGGGACUCGCCGUCAUAUUACAGGUGGUCGAGACCUCCAUUAUCCCACAGGCAGUGGACUGGAUUUUGUCCCAGUCCCACACUGACCAUCAACUGAUACAAGCCUUAAAAGUUCUGUGCAAUUGGCUACCGAAAUGGUGUGAGGAUCGGCUAAGUGUUUGGAUUAUGGAAUUUAUACGUGGUUUGGAGAAACAGCACAAGUAUACCACUCUGCUUGAGCUAACGGAAUCUUCGAUAGACAUGCUAGCGUUAAUGUGCCGAGUGUUGCUGAUACCAGUGAUUCGCCAGAAUGCCUCCAACAUUAUAUUUUACAUUCUGAAGCGGCAUUCGUCAUUGUCAUUCGUUCAGAAUGUAGUUAAAAGAAUACCGGCAUUGAUAAAAGACCUGAUGAAGGAGAAUUCGGAUUCCAGUAAAGAGUGCAUACAGAAUUUGGUUGACAUCAUGAAAGUGUACAGUCAGAGAUUUCCCACCUGUGUACCUUGUGGCAACACAGAAAAUUAUCCCUUCCCCGUACUGCCACGUAUGCAGGUUGUUCGAGAACUUUGCAGGGAGCUAGUGUGGAUAGACGAGACAAAAGAGUUUGAGUCAGUUGUUGAACCAGAAAGGCCAUUGUCUGAAAAGGUUGGCUUGUCCAAUCUGGGUAAUACCUGCUACAUGAACAGCGUACUACAGGCUUUACUGAUGACCAGACAGUUCUGCCAAGAAGUAUUGCAUUAUCGUCCCUUAAAUGAAUCAAGUAAAACACUUUUGAUAGAGAAACUUCAAAAUUUGUUUGCAUUACUUUUAUAUUCCAAGCGAAUAAGUUUGGCACCGACCGAGGUAUUACGAGCGUCACGACCAACAUAUUUUUUACCUGGCCAGCAACAGGACAGUUCAGAAUUUCUUUGUCAUCUUUUGGAUGUCCUGCAUGAGCAAGAAAAGUCCAUUAAUUCAAACUGUGGAGGAAAUGAUAGUACGGCUCUUAAAUGUAAAAUAGAGAAGCAGGAAGACGACGUGACAUUGCCGAUGGAAUCAACAAAAAGUAUUAUUAAACGUUGGACAACUGAAGAGGACUUAACAGAAGGUUUGGCUUUGCAACGGAAAACACAGUCAUUGGCAGAUUUUACACGAGGUGAAGAGCUAGGACAACGGCUUAGCGAUUCUCAUUCAGAUUCGACUGACAGCGGUAUACAAUCUGUAGGCGGUGAAGAGACAGGCAUGCACACGUCUCUUGUACAUAAGGUAUUGGGCGGAGAAUGUCAGAUUACUUAUCAAUGCGCACAAUGUGACACCAGUUCUCGCAAUACGGACAAAUUUCGCGACCUGCAGUUGUGCUUUCCCGAAGAGAUACAGGAGAAUCAAGAGGUUUCCGUUCAAGAUUUGAUCAACUAUUAUCUCACGCCAGAAAAGCUCACUGGGGAGAAUAAGUAUCGUUGCGACAAGUGUAUGAAAUUAUGCGACGCACAGAGAAUUAUCACGAUUUUGCAAGCACCCGCGCACUUGAUUCUAACGUUAAAACACUUCCGAUACGACUUUGAUACUCGAUUAAGGACGAAACUUCGACACAAAGUAGUAUAUAAUGAUACCAUACAGCUGCCAGUAUCGGCAAUUCCAUUUACUGUAGCCGAAACGUAUCAUCUGUACGCCGCUGUCGUACAUUCUGGAUACAGUAUGGAUUACGGACACUACUUUACAUACGCUUGUGAUUCUAAGCAGAAUUGGUACAAAUUUAAUGAUAGCUUUGUAACUCAGACUACGUUCGAAGACUUCAAGAGCAUGAAACCACCCGACACGCCGUAUAUAUUGUUCUACGAGAAAUCCGGAGCUCACGACGGGAUUUACGAGGACGAUAAGCCCGAAUUGUCGACUCUAAGUAAACGUAUACAGGAAUUGAUAGCGAAUGACACUACGGAUUACAUUGAUGAGCUCAGACGUCGAGCGGUAGCCUCGCAACGUAGUCAGCUUCCGACAAAACAAUUGAGACAGCACAACAAUUCCGACGAUGAUAAUCCGCCACCUAGUAGUUGUCGUGGUGCAAUUGACGUUCCAGCGAAUCGCUUUCUUUAUUGAAUGAGAGAAACUGUUAUGGCGAUAAAUUUUGCUGAUUGCAAACAACUCUGUAUUUGUUCUAAAUAAAAAAAAAAAAA